GCCUUGUGUCCACAAAAGCGCGCGCUCUCUCUCUCUCUCCCCUUCUCUCCCUCUUUCUCUCUCUCUCUCUCUAGAAUCGCCAAUGGCGCUUCGGAUCGCCCUCUCUUCCCCCUCGAUUCGAUCGACCACGUCAUCGCCGUCGUCUUCUUGUGGCAACCACCCUCCUUCCUCGCUGAGCCGGUUCCUGGGCUGCCCCCACGGGCGGUCCCCAGGCGAGCCCCUGACCGCCUCCGGCCGCAGCCGAAGGGCCGCCGUCGUGGCGACGUCGAACUUGGAGACGGCCGUGCCGGCCGUCGGGCAGGUCACGGAGGUCGACAAGGACACCUUCUGGCCCCUUGUCAAGGCCGCCGGCGAAAGGGUCGUCGUCCUCGACAUGUACACCCGGUGGUGUGGCCCUUGCAAGGUGAUGGCCCCCAAAUUUAAAGAAUUAUCCGAGAAGCAUCUUGAUGUUGUAUUUAUGAAGCUCGACUGCAAUCAAGAAAACAGGCCCCUUGCUAAGGAAUUGGGCAUCAAGGUUGUACCGACCUUCAAGAUUCUCAAGGAUGGCAAGGUGGUAAAGGAAGUGACAGGUGCCAAGUAUGAUGAUUUAGUUGUCGCCAUUGAGACCACGAAAUCAAGUUAAUAUUUUCGUACUUAUUUACACGCUGCCGCCAGAUUAUCGAGGACCAAUAUGCUAUGAUUAAACAUAUGAAAUUUUACGUAUUAUGAACUAUUACCAUCUGUACCGUUUCGUUGGCUGUAAAAAACAAUGAACAAUUGUAGGAGAGAUGAGAAAAUGACAAUGUCUCUCUCUAGUUUAAGAUACACUGGAGUCGUGCAGUUGAUGUAGCUACCAGUGUUCUUUUUCUUGCAUGUAAAAGACUUGAUGUGAGAUGUAUUACUACACUGGUUUGAUGGAGCAUGGUCUUGCAUUUGUAAUC